AUGCAGCCUUCGACAAACGCCUCGUUAGAGGCAGGGAGCAACACGGAUAUCUCGUCGAAGAAGAUAGAGGCAGGAAUGGCGACUCCGCAGACCAUCGAUGCCAGCACUGAAGCACAGAUUACAGAAUCCGAACCAUCAGCGCCAGUUCCACUGCUCAGUGAUGCCAGAUUGUACAUUAUUGGUCUUGGAAUAUGGAUCGCCCUCUUCCUCGCGGCGUUUGAAACCACUGUUGUGGCCACUAGUUUGGUUGAUAUUACAAGUGAAUUUCAAGAUUUCAAUCGAGCCAGUUGGAUAGUUGUCGUCUAUCUUUUAACAUACAAUGGCUUCCUCCUAUUAUCUUCGAAAUUAUGCGACAUCUUGGGGAUUAAGUCGAUGUUCCUUGGGGCGAUUUUCAUUUUUGGGGUCUUCUCGAUAGCCUGUGGAGCAGCUCAGAAUAUGACACAACUGAUUAUCUUCCGAGCCUUCCAGGGCAUCGGUGGAGGCGGGAUAUACUGUAUCUCUUUCAUUCUCAUGUUGUCCAUCAUCACCAAGGAGAAGUUGGGAACAUUUUCUGGCGGUAUUUCCAGCGUCUUCGCUAUUGCCAGUAUCUGUGGGCCAUUGCUAGGGGGUGUCAUUACCGAAAAGUCCACAUGGAGAUGGAUCUUCUAUCUCAAUGGACCCGGUGUCGUCGUAGCCUUCGCUAUUUUAUACUUCGCUAUCCCCGACAUCAAUCAAGUCAAGAUGAACCGACAAACUCUGAGCCGAAUUGACUUUGGAGGCGGGUUCUUGUCGGUCGCCUGGUCAAUCCUUCUUGUCUACGCCCUCCAAGAGGGUGGAGCCGAGUACCCUUGGAGCCACUCAGUCAUCCUUGGAACUCUCAUUAGUGGUAUUGUCGGUUUGUUCAUCUUUGCUGGGUACGAAUGGUACAUCGCAAGGAAGUCGAGUGUCAUAGAGCCAAUCUUCCCCCUGAGACUACUCAAAUCGCCCGCCUUUACGUACCUCGUAUUAACAACAUUUUGCAUCGGUGUUCCGAUCUAUGUCACAAUUAUCGUUAUUCCACAAAGAUACCAAAUCGUCAACGGCGUGUCACCAAUUCGGUCGGGCGUUCUACUUCUCCCUAUGCUAGUCGUAUCCCCUGUUAUGUCUCUCAUUCCAGGCCUUGCACUGAAAACAUACUGGAGAUACGUCCCAUACGGGUUUGCCGUCGGCGGCAUUCUCUCUGUUGCUGGGUCAGCUGGACUCGGUGUCUUAGGGUACAGCGAUAAAAUCGAAGCGAAGACUUACGGUUUCCUAGUCCUUCUAGGUGCCGGUAUGGGUCUUGUCAUGCCAAUUGGUGUGAUGUUGGUCAAAUUCAUAUGCGAUCCUAAAGACGAAGCUGUCGCUCUUGGAGCACAGAAUAUGACCCGUGUCCUUGGCGGGCUAGUCGGUUUGGCCAUCGGUACUGCGAUACUUCACCAAAAAGUCGAACAUGGGCUGCCCGGCGUUCUAUCCCCGGAACAGUUACAUGCACUAUUGAAAUCCCCGCAGGUCCUAGCUACACUACAGCCAGACCAGCUCAUUGCGGUUAGAAAAGUCUAUGCUGCUUCGUACGACCUGCAGUUCAACAUGGCAACCGGGUUCGCGGCUCUUGGAACAGUCUUCUCAAUCUUGACGACAUACUAUAUCUUACAGGUUAUGAAGACUAUUGACGCGGAAGACUUCUUCAGCACUCUUGGAUUGAAGAAGGGGGUAGACCAGAAUAAGACUGAAAGCGAAAAGAAGGCGGAAGACGCGUGA